CGCCAAAAUCGUUUGUAGCUACUUCGUCGUCAUGCAUUGUUGGAAAUAAUAGUGAAAAGUAUUUACAAAUUUAGCAAAAUCGUUUGUGACGUUUCGAUCCAAGUACACGAACCUUGCCACGUCGAUUUCAAUAGAGAACGGCAGUAGCCGCCUGCCAAGAGCGUCCAGCGCGGGGACUGUCGGGUAGCUGCAAGGAGGAAAGGAGCGACGAGCCGAGUGCAGCGACAUGAAAAUGCAUUUGUAGCCCUCAAACACGCUCGCACACAAAGACACACACACAGGGUCGCGCAAGCACACAUUGCACACUGACGCAGAGUGCAGCAGCCAGGAGGACAGGAGAACCAGGAGGAUCAGGAGCAGCUUCAUCAUCAGCAGCUGCAGCCGAAGGAGGAGGAGGCGGCGGCGGAAAAAAGGGAGGAGCGGGAGCAGCAACAACAAAUGGCGCUGGUGACAGUGCAGCGCUCUCCCAGUGGGGCUGGCUCCUGCUCGAAUUCGGUGAGCACCUCUUCGCGUGCGUGCUUUGUUUUGGUCUCCCUAAUUAGAGUAUAGCUCUCUUUCCGUUGUGGUGCGUGUUCCGCCUGGUUCGGUCAUGAUCCUUUGUGUGUUCCCUUGCAAAAAAAAAAUGUUUAUUUUCGCAGUUGUUGCUUGUGGGUUUUCUGAGUGCUGAGCUAUAUGAUUUUUUUCUGUUUUCGGCCUGGCGUGGGCGUCAUCGUCGCUGCUUUCGGUGUAACCCAAGCAAAUCAGCCGCAGACGUCGCGACGUCUAUAUUUUUCAAUAAACUUUUGCAUUGCCUUAUUUGUCGUUUUUCCGUUGUUUUUCGCUUGGCACCCUCUCUUUCCCCUUUCCACCUGCGGUGGUGUUCCGUUAGGCGGCCGCCCGACCGCCCCAAAAAUAGUUCGCGAGACCUUGACGUCUGCAUAUGCUCAUAUGUUUGUUAGUGUUAUUGUGUGUGAGUGUGUGCGUGUGUUGUGUGUGUGUGCCGCCCUUGGAAUUUUAAUUCAGGCAAUAAUCAAGCAAAUAUCUCCCGGCCGCUGAUCCCUUUUUGUAAAGUCGUUCAUCAUGAGGUCUUGCGUUUGGCCCCAAUACGAUAUAUUUUGUUUACCGGGGGGGGAUGGCGAGGCCGAGGACGACGAGGGCAAUAGCAAGCAGGCUGAGUGCAUCAGUGCCGGCAGGGACAUUGCCCUGGUCUUGGAUCUCCCGCCAAAGGACCAAAGUGAGCGCCGGCUAAGCACCGACUCCACCCGCUCCAGCAACAGCACGCAGAGCAACAACUCGGACAUUCAGCUCCAUUUGCAGUCCAUGUUCUUCCUGCUGCAUCGCGAGGACACCCUAAAGAUGGCCGUUAAGUUGGAGUCGCAACGGUCGAACCGCACCCGAUACCUCGUGAUCGCUUCCCGCAGUUGUUGCCGGUCCUCCACCAGCGAACAUCGGCGUCAUCGGAUCAUGCGUCACAACUCGGCCAAGGUUAGUGGAUCCUCGGGCACCGGUUCGGGCGGUGCCACUGCCCAGCGGCAGAUGUCCGAGGAUCAUGCGGCCAGCGGAGCAGUAACAAGCACACCAGCUAGCAAAUGUGAUAGGUCAGCGGACAAAGAGAAUGCAACGGCGGCCGGCGAUAACAAGAAUACCUCGGGCAUGGAGGAGUCCUGUCUCCUGGGCAUUGAUUGCAACGAGCGGACCACGAUUGGCCUGGUGGUGCCGAUUCUGGCAGACACCUCAAUUCACCUGGAUGGUGAUGGUGGUUUUAGUGUCAAGGUCUUCGAGAAGACGCACAUUUUCAAGCCCGUUUCAGUACAGGCCAUGUGGUCCGCGCUACAGACACUGCACAAGGUGUCGAACAAGGCUCGUGAAAGCAACUUCUAUGCCAGCGGUCCCUCUCACGACUGGCUGUCCAGCUACGAGAGCCGCAUCGAGUCCGACCAAUCCUGUCUGAACGAAUGGAAUGCCAUGGAUGCAAUCGAGAGCCGUCGUCCCCCCUCGCCCGAUGCCAUACGAAACAAACCCACUAAGAAAGAGGAAACCGAGAGUGUCAUUAAGAUUAAGCUGAAGGCCAUCAUGAUGUCAGUGGACUUGGACGAGGUUACCUCGAAGUACAUACGCGGGAGGCUGGAGGAGAUUCUCGACAUGGACCUGGCCGAGUACAAGUCGUUCAUUGAUGAGGAAAUGCUUCUUAUACUUGGCCAGAUGGACGCGCCCACCGAGAUAUUCGAGCACGUGUACUUGGGUUCGGAAUGGAAUGCCAGCAAUCUGGAAGAACUGCAAAAGAAUGGCGUUCGCCAUAUUCUCAAUGUGACUCGGGAGAUCGACAACUUUUUUCCCGGAACCUUCGAGUACUUUAAUGUGCGUGUCUAUGACGACGAGAAGACCAAUCUCCUGAAACACUGGGAUAGUACCUACCGAUACAUUUCCCGGGCCAAGGCCGAGGGAUCGAAGGUUCUGGUGCAUUGCAAGAUGGGCGUCAGCCGGUCUGCUUCGGUGGUGAUUGCGUAUGCAAUGAAAGCCUACCAGUGGGAGUUUCAGCAGGCAUUGGAGCACGUUAAGAAGCGCCGGAGCUGCAUAAAGCCGAACAAGAACUUCCUCACCCAGCUGGAGACGUAUAACGGCAUGCUGGACGCCAUGAAGAACAAGGAGAAGUUGCAGCGCAGCAAGAGCGAAACCAAUUUGAAGAGCACAAAAGACGCACGUCUGCUGCCUGGAAGUGAGCCGACGCCUCUUAUCCAGGCUCUCAACCAGGCCAAGUCAAAGUCCACCGGGGAGACGGCCGGUGUCACUCCGGAUGGCGAGCAGGAACCAGACAAGCGGCUGCAUCGACGCUCCACCGCCCAAAAAUCACAGCGCCGCAUGAUUCGACGUUCGAGUAGCACAUCACCGAAAACCCAGACGGCAGUAGUCACCAAGCAACAAAGUCAGUCGAUGGAAAACUUGACGCCGGAGCGAAGUGUGGCCGAGGAACCGAAAAACAUGCGCUUUCCUGGCAGCAAUGGCGAGAACUACAGCGUCACCCAGAAUCAGGUGCUGCACAUCCAGAAGCACACGCCUCUGUCUGUGCGCACGAGGGUUCACGAUCUCGAGGCGCACCGAGCGGACCAACUGCCACCGCCUUCACAGAGCCAUCAGUCCCAACAGCCCGUUUGGACUGCUUCCAGCAAGCUGAUCACUCAAACUUCGCAUCUAGGAGGAACGUCGCGUCGCGACUCCGGAUCAUCGGAUGUGUUUUCCUCGCAAGUGGACAGUGUGUUUGCCCGAGAGGAGCGCGAAAAGCGGCAGCGCCGCAAAACACAGUCCUGGACAGAGUCUUUUGGCCCCAGUGGGGGUAUCGUUCUGGACCAGCAGCAGCAGUCCAGCUCGGGUUCUAUUGUGUUGGCCCCACGCGGACUGCGACAAAGGGAACCACCAUCGCGACACGCCAGCUGGGGAUCAGGGGACAACCGGAGUAGUCUUCCGUUACGGACCAGCUCGUGUUCCUACUACGACAGCAAUCGCAAUGCCACGACCACGGCCAUUUUCGAGGGUCAGAUCCAGGAUCUGAAGCGCAGCAGUAACUGCAACAUAAGCGAAGGAGAAGUCCUUGGUGUUGGCGAAGGCACCGUGAAGCGCACUAAGCAGAAACUAGAAGAAAAUAAGGCUUCGUUGAAGAAGCGCUGUCAGGAGGACAACAGUCAGGAGCAGCAGCCGGUCCUGGAGUCGGUGGAUAGCAGUAGCGGUGGUCAGAAAAGGAGCCCAAGCUUACAGAGGAGCACCUCCUCGGCGCACAGCCCACGUCAGAGGCAACCUCUGCGCUGCAACAGCGAGGAACUGAUGCACACCAGCGACAUUGAAAACAAGAACACCACCCAUGGAGACCAAUCGGACGUUGUGGAGCUGCGGCAGGCCCAGAAUCCAUCGCUGGCCGAAGACCAGCGUAUUUCGGGCAACGUGCAAAUACUCAAGCAGAACUUUGAAGCCAAAGCGGGUGUGGUAGGAAGCGUUGGUGGAGGUGGUGGGGGUGGUGGUGCUGGAAACGGAACCGUUAUUGGAUCCGUGUCCGGAUCAGGUUGCAGUGCAGCGGCAGCGGGGGUUGGGGUUGGAGCAAGUGGUGGAUCCGUCAAUCCAAACCCGUGUAAAAAGUCAUCUAGCCACCAAUCACUGCCCUCGUCGCCGGUAGCACAGCACGCCAAUCACGUGUCCACCGCCUCGAACUCCAACUCAUCCGAUUCCAGCGUAAGCGAAAAUUGUGAUCGUAAUGUAAAAGGUCUAGUGCAUAAAUAUCAAACUACUACUUCCUGCAGUAGCCAGGCCAACAGCUCACUGCCGCUCGCCACCACCGCCGCCAGCAACAUCAACGUGAACAACUCUAGCAGCAGCACCAGCAGCAACACCACGACAACCACCACUAGCUUCAAGCAACGACCGCGCUCCUACUACGACCGCUCGCUGUCGAAUCGAUCCACGCACGAUUACAGUGACAGUCGUCCGCCGCCCGCACCCGCACGCACCAGUAUGCAACAUAAUCCACAUCCACAGCAGCAGCAGCAACAGCCGGAGCAACAGGUGCAGAUCCGACGGCUGGCACAGCACGGAAAGACUCAUCCUUUGAGCAGGCUAAGUGCUCCGAAAACGGGCUUCAACACAGCCGCCUACAACACCAUCCUAAUCAGCCUUAUUCGUUCCUUCCACUACUCAUGGUCGGAGUGCAAGAACUGACGAGGAUCGGACACUGCCGAGAAGCCCACAUCAGAGCUGGUCUGAAGCCCUAUCCCCCAAGACAUACCCCACCUAAAACAUAUGUAUUUUUUUCUAUUUAUCAGACGGUGUAUUUAUGAAUAAAAAAAACUGUAAUCCAA